AUGGUACGUCGGCUCCACGAUGGCAUGAUGGCGCGCGUCACGGACAAUGGAGCUGUCUCGGAGGCAUGGGCAGUGACCAACGAAGUGAAUCAGGGCUGCGUCCUCUCGCUUACCCUCUUCUUUCUCAUGUUUUCUGCCAUGCUGAUGGACGCCUAUUCUGAUGAACGCCUUGGGCUCCGCAUCGCCUACUGGACGGACGGCCACCUCCUCAAUCGGCGACAUAUGCACUUCCAGUAG